AUGGGUUUGAAGGGCGACGAUAUCGCAAAGCACAACAGUGCCGACUCUUGCUGGGUCAUUGUUCACGGCAAAGCUUACGAUGUGACGGACUUUUUGCCUGAGCACCCCGGUGGCUCAAAAAUCAUCCUCAAGUACGCCGGCAAAGAUGCGACGGAAGAAUUCGACCCCAUCCACCCGCCCGACACCCUCGACAAGUACCUCGAGCAGUCUAAGCACCUUGGCCCCGUCGACAUGACCUCUGUAGUGGCUGAGGAGAAGGAGGAGGACCCCGAAGAGGUUGAGCGCUUGGAGAGGGUCGAGCAGAAGCCGCUGCUCUCCCAAUGUUACAACCUGAUGGACUUUGAGGCUGUUGCGCGCAGAGUCAUGAAGAAGACGGCUUGGGGAUACUACUCGAGUGCAGCCGACGACGAAAUUACAUUGCGCGAAAACCACGGUGCCUUCCACAGAAUCUGGUUCCGGCCGCAGAUCCUCGUCGACGUCGAAAAGGUAGACUUCACCACCACCAUGCUCGGCGCAAAGGUUGACAUGCCCUUCUACGUCACCGCCACCGCCCUCGGCAAGCUGGGCCACCCCGAGGGCGAGGUCCUCCUCACCCGCGCCUCCCGCAAGCACAACGUCAUCCAGAUGAUCCCGACGCUGGCCUCGUGCUCCUUUGACGAGCUCAUGGACGCCGCCGAGGGCGACCAGGUGCAGUGGAUGCAGCUCUACGUCAACAAGGACCGUGAGAUCACAAAGAAGAUUGUGCAGCACGCCGAGGCGCGCGGCUGCAAGGGCCUCUUCAUCACCGUCGACGCGCCGCAGCUGGGUCGUCGCGAGAAGGAUAUGCGGUCCAAGUUUACUGACCCGGGUGCCAAUGUGCAAUCGGGCCAGGCGACCGACCAGAGCCAGGGUGCUGCCCGCGCCAUUUCGUCCUUUAUCGACCCCGCCCUGUCAUGGAAGGAUAUCCCCUGGUUCAAGUCCAUCACCAACAUGCCCAUCAUCCUGAAGGGUGUGCAGCGCGUCGAGGACGUCAUCAAGGCCAUCGAAGCCGGCGUCCAGGGUGUGGUUCUCUCCAACCACGGUGGCCGUCAGCUCGACUUUGCCCGGUCCGGAAUCGAGGUCCUCGCCGAGACGAUGCCAGUACUCCGUCGCAUGGGCUUGGAGAACGCGAUUGAGAUCUACAUUGACGGCGGUGUCCGUCGCGCUACCGAUAUCAUCAAGGCGCUGUGCCUCGGCGCUAAGGGCGUUGGUAUUGGCAGACCUUUCCUGUACGCCAUGGCCGGCUACGGCUUCGACGGUGUCGAUCGCGCUAUGCAGCUGCUCCGCGACGAGAUGGAGAUGAACAUGCGUCUUAUUGGUUGCACGAGUAUCGACCAGCUCAACCCGUCGCUUAUCGAUACCCGGAGUCUGUUCAACCACGGCUCGACGCCGUCUGACAACCUUAUGGGUGCCGUGUACGACCCGUUGGCGACGCCGGUUCAGAGACCCAAGGCGCCCAAGCCGUCCAAGUUGUAG